UACAUACCGUCUUCUUUUUCUUCCUUUCUGCAUGCUCUUAAAAAGGCUUCAAAUUACAACACUAACAGAAUCAUCAAAAGGGUACUGUAAAUUUCUGCAAAAAGAUCCUUUCUUUGGAUUCCAACAACAAUUGGGGUCACUGUUUGUUCCCUCAAGAGAAAAAAAAACCAGUAGCUAUAAAAGUCUCUCCUUUUUCAUUCUUCCCAUUUGCCUUUCUUUUUCUCUUCUGUCAUGUUUGCUUGCUCACCAAAAGAGAAGUGCAAAAGCUUAAUAAGAAAAGAAACAUCUUUUCUUUGAAUCACUAUAAAUUGGGUCUCUGUUUGUUUCUUGAAAAAAACAGUAAAGUCAUAAAGGUUCCUCCUUUUUCAAGAAAUCUUGUGUUUUUUGCUGUUUUCAUUUUCACUGUCAGAUGGGUGCUCGUUGUUCAAAAUUCUCUUUUUGUUGGUGGCAUUCUCAUCUCAAACCAUCCCUUCUUGAUUCAUCUGAUCUGGAGAAUGGAGGUAAAAAUGAGAAAAAUGCCUUUCCAGUGUUUACUGAGUUUAGUCUUGAUGAGCUGAAGAUGGCUACCAAUGGAUUUUCUUCUGAAAACAUUGUGUCUGAGCAUGGAGAGAAAGCUCCAAAUGUAGUUUAUAAAGGGUUGCUUGAAAAUGGUCGUUGGGUUGCUGUUAAACGCUUUAAUAGGUCUGCUUGGCCUGAUUCUCGUCAAUUCUUGGAUGAGGCUAGAGCUGUGGGGAAUCUGAGGAGCGAACGAUUGGCGAAUCUAAUAGGAUGUUGCUGUGAAGGGGAGGAAAAAUUGCUGGUGGCUGAGUUCAUGCCUAAUGAGACCCUUGCUAAGCAUUUGUUUCACUGGGAGAAUCAACCUAUGAAAUGGGCGAUGAGGUUGAGGGUUGCUUUUUAUCUAGCGCAAGCUUUGGACUACUGCAGUAGCAAAGGUCGGGCAUUGUAUCACGAUCUUAAUGCUUAUAGAGUCUUAUUUGAUCAGGAUGGUAAUCCUAGACUCUCUUGCUUUGGCUUGAUGAAGAACAGUAGAGACGGGAAGAGUUAUAGUACAAACUUGGCUUUCACUCCGCCCGAGUACUUGAAAACAGGAAGAGUGACCCCUGAAAGUGUAGUUUACAGCUUUGGAACAAUGUUGCUAGAUCUUUUGAGUGGAAAGCAUAUUCCUCCAAGCCAUGCACUUGAUCUAAUUCGGGGGAAGAAUUUUUUGAUGCUUAUGGAUUCUUGUUUGGAGGGUCAUUUUUCAAAUGAUGAUGGAAGUGAGCUUGUUCGGCUAGCCACUCGCUGUUUACAGUAUGAGGCACGUGAGAGGCCAAAUGCAAAAUCUCUCGUCACUUCACUUAUGUCUCUUCAGAAAGAAACAGAGGUGCUGUCACAUGUUUUGUUGGGAAUUCCACAUGGAACUGCAACCCCACCUCAGCCAUUAUUAUUGACACCAAUGGGUGAAGCAUGCUUGAGAAAGGAUCUUACUGCCCUUCAUGAAAUAUUGGAAAAGAGUGGAUACAAGGAUGAUGAAGGAAUUGCCAAUGAGCUUUCAUUCCAAAUGUGGACAAAUCAGAUGCAGGAAACCUUAAAUUCUAAGAAGCAUGGUGAUGCUGCUUUCCGAGCCAAGGAUUUCAUUACUGCUAUUGACUGCUACACACAGUUCAUUGAUGGAGGGACCAUGGUAUCACCAACCGUAUAUGCCAGGCGUUGCUUGUGUUAUCUGAUGAGCGACUUGCCACAAGAAGCUCUGGGGGAUGCAAUGCAAGCUCAGGUGGUUUUCCCCGAAUGGCCAACUGUUUACCUACAGGCUGCUGGACUCUUUGUGCUUGGGAUUGAGAAUGAUGCUCAAGAAGCUCUUAAAGAAGCUACAAAGUUGGAAGCGAAAAGGAACAAAAACUGAAACUGUAUAGAUUUGCAUUUCUUCGAUUUUUAUUGUAUUGAGUUUCUUGUAUUUAUCUACAAAAGCAACACCUAAAGGGUUUAUGAACACAAUUGGUUGUUGAAUGUUAAUAUUCAAGUUUUGUUCUUCCCAUUUUGGAAGUAGUUUUUGACA